UGGGGGGGAUGUGGAGCCCGGACUGCCCGUCGAGGUGCGUGGCUCCAACGGGGCCUUCUACAAGGGCUUUGUGAAGGAUGUCCAUGAAGACUCUGUCACCAUCUUCUUUGAAAACAACUGGCAGAGUGAGAGACAGAUUCCUUUUGGGGAUGUUCGGCUACCACCUCCAGCUGACUAUAAUAAGGAGAUCACAGAAGGGGAUGAGGUGGAGGUCUAUUCCCGAGCCAAUGAACAGGAACCUUGUGGCUGGUGGCUGGCCCGGGUGCGGAUGAUGAAGGGAGAUUUCUAUGUUAUUGAAUAUGCUGCUUGUGAUGCCACGUACAAUGAGAUAGUCACCCUGGAGCGACUUCGGCCAGUAAAUCCCAGUCCCCUUGCAACCAAAGGCAGCUUCUUCAAGGUUACCAUGGCUGUGCCUGAGGAUCUGAGAGAGGCCUGCUCUAAUGAAAACGUCCAUAAAGAAUUUAAGAAAGCACUGGGAGCCAACUGCAUCUUUCUCAACAUCACCAAUAGUGAGCUCUUUAUUCUGUCAACCACAGAAGGCCCUGUGAAGCGGGCAUCUCUGCUGGGUGAUAUGCAUUUCCGAAGCCUCCGUACCAAACUGCUCCUCAUGUCCCGCAAUGAAGAAGCUACUAAACACCUCGAAACAAGCAAGCAGUUGGCAGCAGCGUUCCAGGAGGAGUUCACAGUGCGAGAGGACCUGAUGGGUCUGGCAAUUGGGACUCAUGGUGCCAACAUCCAGCAGGCUCGAAAAGUACCUGGUGUGACCGCCAUUGAGUUGGGUGAAGAAACCUGUACUUUCCGCAUCUAUGGGGAGACUCCUGAGGCAUGUCGACAGGCCCGAAGCUAUCUAGAAUUUUCUGAGGACUCUGUGCAAGUGCCCAGGAACCUGGUUGGCAAAGUAAUUGGAAAGAACGGGAAAGUUAUCCAGGAGAUUGUGGAUAAAUCUGGUGUGGUGAGGGUCCGUGUUGAAGGUGAUAAUGACAAGAAGAAUCCCAGGGAAGAGGGAAUGGUUCCCUUCAUAUUUGUUGGCACCCGAGAGAAUAUCAGCAAUGCCCAGGCACUGCUAGAGUAUCACCUCUCCUAUCUCCAGGAGGUGGAGCAGCUCCGCUUGGAGAGGCUGCAAAUUGAUGAACAGCUUCGGCAGAUUGGGCUGGGCUUUCGCCCUCCUGGGAGUGGACGGGGUGGUGGCAAUGAUAAGACUGGCUAUACCACUGAUGAGAGCUCCUCUUCUUCCCUCCACACAACGCGAACCUAUGGGGGAAGCUAUGGGGGUCGAGGCCGGGGCCGCAGGACUGGUGGUUCUGCCUAUGGUCCCAACUCAGACCCAUCCACAGCUUCUGAGACAGAGUCAGAGAAGAGAGAGGAGCCAAACAGAGCUGGGCCUGGUGACCGGGAUCCCCCAACCAGGGGAGAAGAAAGCCGGAGGCGGCUGAUUGGGGGUCGGGGUAGGGGACCCCCACCUACCACCCGACCCACCUCAAGAUACAACUCUUCAUCUAUUAGCUCAGUGCUGAAGGAUCCAGACAGUAACCCCUACAGCCUACUGGACACAUCUGAACCAGAACCCCCUGUUGAUUCAGAGCCUGGGGAACCACCCCCAGCGAGUGCCAGGCGCCGCCGCUCCCGUCGCCGUCGCACUGAUGAAGAUAGAACUAUCAUGGAUGGAGGCCUGGAGUCUGAUGGGCCUAACAUGACAGAGAAUGGCCUGGAAGAGGAGUCCAGACCCCAACGUCGUAAUCGUAGCCGCCGCCGCCGCAACCGUGGUAACCGGACUGAUGGGUCGGUCUCCACUGACCGGCAGCCAGUGACUGUGGCAGACUAUAUCUCACGAGCAGAGUCUCAGAGCCGCCAGCGGCCACCCCUGGAACGGGCUAAACCCUCAGAGGAUUCCCUGUCAGUACAGAAGGGUGACUCUGUCAGCAAGCUUCCUAAGGGCCCCUCCGAAAAUGGGGAGCUGUCCACCCCCCUGGAGUUGGGUAGUUUGGUGAAUGGGGUUUCAUAAAACCUCCAGCCUGCAUCCCUCCCUUCUCCGUCUCGCUUGCUGCCCACCACCAUGGGCCUCACGGGCCCAACUGACCUGCGCUGGAGCUGCUCUUAUCUAGGGGGGAGGGGGGUGGCACAGCAGCUUGGGUCCCCCCUAACCUCCAGGAGCUAGUGGAGGGGUGUGUAACAGGGUCGUAGCCCCUUCUCUCUUGUCCACCCUACCCCCAGGGUGAGGGGAGCCUCCCCUUCCCCAUCAGACUGGAUGUGCCUUUAUCCUCUAAUGCCCCAACCUCUGAACACCCUCCUUCUCCACUUGUUGGUGGGUGAGGGUGCUCCUUGACCCACCCAGAUUUGACAGUUCAGGGGGGCCCCCUGCUAUCCCUCCUCCCAUCCUGUACCCCCUGUUUCUGGGGCCUCAUCACUGUGGAAGACGGGGAUAGUAAGGGUAUCCAUGGGUGGGAGGCAUGGGGAAGGUUUUGGAGUAGAACCAGGGGUGUGUAUGAAGUGGGGUGACAAGGUCCCCCAGGGGAGGGGGGGACCAACAUUGGUGGAUGAGAAGGCGUAUUUAUUUUUCACUGUACAGUAUUUAAAAAGAGAAUAAAAAAAUCCAAAUGGC